AUGUCUUCAUCAGUAAAUAGUUCAAUAAAAAAUACGUAUUAUCAACAUUUAGAAGCGUUAAGUUCUAUUAAAACUUGUCGUGGAAUGUAUGAUAUGGUUCAUUUCUUAAAUAAAUCGACUACAAAAUAUGAUUCAAGUGAAAUUAAAGAAAUAAUUGAAAAUAAACUUCGUGAAAAAUGUCCACAAUUUUCUGAUAUAUUUGCACUUCAACGACAUUAUCCAUUAGCAAAACCGAUACGUAUACUUGGUUGUAUAGUACCAUUAAUUUUAAUUUUAUUUGGAGUAUUUGGAAAUAUUUUAUCAUCAUUGGUCAUGUUUAAACGUGCAAAAAGACGUCGUUUAUCAUCAUAUUUUUAUUUAGCAUUAUUGGCAAUAUUUGACACAUUAGUAUUAUUAACUGGAUGUUUAAUAUUUUGGAUUGAAGAAGCAUUUCAAAUUCGUCCAUUAACUAUAAAUGAAUUUUUAUGUAAAACAGUAUAUUUUUUAAAAUUUUUAUUUACAGAUAUAUCAGCAUGGCUAAUUGUAACUGUUUCAUUUGAACGUUUUAUCGCUGUUCGAUAUCCAUUUCGAUCUAAACAAUUGUUGGGAUUUGAUACAGAUUUUCUUGAAACACAAUAUGGAUAUGUGGCAAAUUUUACCGUUUGUGAUUUAAAAUCUCAUAAAUGGUUAAGUUAUAUAGAUACUGGAUUUUAUGCCGUAUUUCCAAGUAUCUGUAUUUUAGUAUUAAAUAUAUUAAUUAUUAUUACAUUAUUUCAUUCAAUUGAAAUUCGCAAUAAUUAUUUAAAACCAACAUCUUCACAAUCAACCAAUAGUUUUGAUCAGCGUACAUUGAAUUAUUUUCAAUCGAAUCGAGUUAGCUAUUAUUAUGGUUCAAAAUUAAAACAUCGACAACAAUUAGAGUGUAAUGUACAACGAUCAGAAUCUUCUCCGAUUCGUUCAUUGAAAAAUAACACAAGUACUACUUUAUCGAAAAAACUUCUCAAUUCAGAUAGAUCAUCAUCAUUAAAAAAAUACGGAACUGUUCGUAAUGCUCCAACAUCUAUCGAUCCUCAUAGUACCACUGGUAUUCGUUUAACAAUACUACUAUUAGCAAUAUCAUGUAUAUUUGUUGCUUGUACCAUACCCGUAUCAUUUCGUUCCAUAAUAGCCGGUCAUUAUGCGGAAAAGAUUAAUCAAAAACCAACGAAUAGCUAUGUGACGUGGGAAAAUAUACAAUUCUUUUUAAAAUUAUUAAUGUAUUUAAAUCAUUCAAUUAAUUUUGUUCUCUAUUGUUUCACUGGACGUGCAUUUCGACAAGAAGUUAAAAAAUUAUUAAAAUGUAUUUGUCGUUUAUCAGAGUGGCAUAUUGUAUGUGUAUCAAAGAAUGUACCAAAAAAAAAAAAAUCCUAUAAUAAAACGCAUAAUCAAAUUAUAUUACUUAAUCGUCAUUUACGCAUCAAAAAUCAUGCAACAUUAAAAACAUCACUUUUGUAA